AUGAAGGUCGGGCUACCUCGGACUCCUGCAAGUAGCCGUUCCGCUUCUGCGUCUGAGCCCGCCCCGGCGGCCUCGCCGGCUCCGCCUCUUGCCGCUCGCUUUCUCGCCGACGAGCUGGCCGCGGCUGCCCUCGCCCGCCACAGGUCUGCCCCGGCUGUUCAGGGACGGAUGGCUCGGCCUCGAGCUCGUGCCCGCCCUCGUCUCAGGCCUGCUGCGGCGACCCCGCACCCGAGCCCUCCAGUCGCGCAUGCAGCAGCAGCCGUGAUUGCAGCUUCCCCUGCAGGUUCUGGUCCGGCCUGCCCCUCGGUCGCCUCAACGGUGGAUUCAGUCCUCCAGGCGCUGCGGGUGUCCAUGCGGGCCCCUUGUGCUGCAGCGCCGGUCGCCUCCGACGGUGCUGUGUCUAGGUCGCCUCGUCCUCGCCAUCGAUUUGGGAUGGCGGCCGCUCCUCCAACCGGCUCUCACCCUUUGGAUGGGCUGCUCUGCGACCCUGCCCUGCUGGUCAAGGGCCUCGGGUCAUUGUCGCUGCUGUCGGUUGCCUUGGGUGGCCCUGCCAAAGUGCCCCUUCUUGCCGGUGGUGCGAUGCCGGCCUUGGGCUCGCUUUGGGUUGCGUCUUUGGACUCCGACGAGGACGACGACGAUGAAGAGUUGGCUCCGCGGUCGCCGUUGGCCUCCUCUGAAGGGGUUGUUUCCGGCUAG